AAAUGGACUUUAUUCCCCAAAUCUGGUGAUGUAAGAGCCCUGUUGGCUAAGACUCCGUAAAAAGAAAGGAAAUUCAAGCCAAUAAAGAUCAUGGCAAAUAAUAUCCAGACUGCUCCAGAAAUAGACACGGCAAAUCCAGAUGGUAACGCAGAAGAAGACCUGAAGAAAAUUCUUGAGGGUCAGCAUGUUCCAGUCACUGACAUAACGGUGGGAUUGGACAGGAUAGGCAAUUUUGUACCAAAAACUAAAAAGACUGUGUAUUAUAUUGUGGGAGCAGUCAUUAUUAAUGAUGCAGGCCAGGUGUUGAUGAUACAGGAGGCUAAGUAUUCAUGUUACGGACAAUGGUACCUCCCAUGUGGAAGAGUGGAAAAAGAAGAGAGCCUUGUGGAGGCAUGUAAAAGGGAGGUGGAAGAGGAGGCGGGGCUGACCUUUGAACCCACAACUCUAUUAUGUGUAGAGUAUGGCUCAGGAUACUGGUAUCGACUGAUAUUUACUGGGCAUGUCACAGGAGGAAAACUGAAGACACUGGAGAGAAAAGAUAAGGAAUCAUUACAGGCAGAGUGGAUAGAUCCAGUACACUUACACAAUAAAACCCUCCCUAUCAGGGCAAAAGACAUCAUGCCCCUUAUUCGGCUUGCUUACAAGCACUGGGAGAAAACAGCAGCACAGAGACCCAAACCUUUACUUCCUCUAUCCUACAAACAUAAACACAUCAUUAACAGACCACUGUUAAUACAGAAAUUCUCUGACAAUGAGAUCUAUGUGUUGGUGAAUUCAAAGGGUGGAUCACAAUUCCCGUGUGGUGUAGAUUUCAGUAGAACACCAUCUGCACUUUUAACAACCAUAUUUAUUCUCAAGGAAGCUGAUUGUAGAUUAAAGUUAAAACCUAAACUCUGUGGCUUGCUGAACUUGGAACACGGAGCAGAGCCAGGCUGUAGAGAAGACGGAAUCUGCUUCACCCUUCUGGUCUCCGUUGAAGCUUCAGAACUUCCUGUCUUAGGGAAUCCUGUGUAUAAAUGGGUUAAACUCAAGGACCAAAAUCUCAUUCAGAAUAUUUGUGCAUCAUUAGAUGAGGGGAAAAUUGUGCCUUUCAUUGACUUGAGUGGUGGAAGUUCCAAAAAUUAGGUGUAUUAUGAAAGAUUUAUUUGUAUUUUAGGAACAAAAAUAUUUCUUAGUUUUCAAUUCAGUUCAGUUCAAUUUAACAUUACCUCAUUGGCAUACAG